AGAGCGGGGUGGCGCUCCCGCCAUGUCGCAGCGCUGCAGCGACCGCGAUCGCGACAGGGAGCACGACAGGGAGCGAGAGUUGCAGUGGUCGGCCCGCAGGAUGGGUACGUCGCUGCUACUGCAGCUGUCGGCGCACGAGCGAGAGUUGGACCUCGUGUUCCUCGACCACAGCUACGCCAAACCCUGGAGCGCGCACCCCGAUGCCAGCGCGGCCCGGCCCGCCCGACUGCUCUUCAUCACACCCCGCAGGCACCUCGGCACCGCCCCGGAGGCCGACGUGCCCAUCGACGUGGAGACAGUUACGCCCACCCCGGUGCCCCUGUACGACAACCAGAAGGCCCGUAGUGUGAUGAACGAGUGCGAGAGGCACGUCAUGUUCGCACGCACGGACGCUGACGCACCUCCGCCCCCUGAUGACUGGGAGGAGCACGUCAACAGGACGGGCUGGACCAUGGCCCAGAACAAGCUGUUUAAUAAGAUCCACAAAGCGCUACAGUCGGACAGGUUGGCUCGCCUGGCCAAUGAGGGGGCUUGCAAUGAGCCUGUUCUGAGGAGGAUAGCGGUGGAUAAAUGUGCCCGGAGGGUGCGCCAGGCCCUGGCCAGUGUGAACUGGGACACCAAACUUAUCCAGUGGCUCCACACGACACUGGUGGAGACCCUCAGCCUGCCUGUGCUGGCUGCGUACCUGGAUGCUCUACAGACCCUGAAAGGAAAGAUCCCCACACUGAUUGACAGGAUGCUGCUCUCCUCCACGGCCAAGACAGGAGCAGCUGGGGCUGAGGCUCUGUCCCUGCUGCUCAAGAGGCCUUGGGACCCAGCAGUGGGUGUCCUGUCCCAUAAUAAACCAAGCAAGUUGCCUGGUUCCCCUCUCAUCCUCAUCGCUUCCUCUGGCCCUGCCAACUCCAUGUUCCCUGCUUCCCGACGGCACCGCUUCUGGCAGUCACAGCUCUCCUGCCUGGGAAAGGUGAUUCCCAUUGCCACCUCCCUGCUGAACAAUGGCAGUGGGGUGGGAGUGCUGCAGUGUCUGGAGCACAUGAUUGGGGCUGUGAGGGGCAAAGUGGCAGAGAUUCACAACCACUUCUCUCAUAAGCAGAUCAUCCUGAUCGGGUGGAACACGGGUGCCUUGGUGGCCUGUCACGUUUCAGUGAUGGAAUAUGUCACUGCCGUUGUGUGCCUUGGAUUCCCACUGCUCACGGUGGAUGGCCCCAGAGGGGAUGUUGAUGAUCCCCUCCUGGAGAUGAAGACCCCUGUCCUCUUCGUCAUUGGGCAGAAUUCCCUGCAGUGCAACAUCGAAGCCAUGGAGGAUUUCCGUGAGAAAAUCCGGGCAGACAACAGCAUGGUGGUGGUGGGGGGAGCAGAUGACAAUCUCAGGAUAAGCAAAGCCAAAAAGAAGUCAGAAGGCCUGACCCAGAGCAUGGUGGACAGGUGCAUCCAGGAUGAGAUAGCUGACUUCCUUACUGGAGUGCUGACCCGAGCUGAGAGCCACUUGGGCUCUGACCCCCGGGACCUGGAUGCUGAGAAGAAGAAAAAGCCCCGUGACUCCACCAGGAGGGAUCUAUCCUUUGACUUGCCAGAAAGGAACAGCAGACCUACCUCCCCGGCAGCCAAAGUGCCAGCCUCACCCUCAGGAUCAGAGCAGGACUUAUCCAGCGUCUCCAGCAGCCCUACUUCCAGCCCCAAGACCAAAGUGGCCACCAUAUCCCUCCAGAAGCCCCCCGCGGUGGGCACCACACAACUCCUCAAGAGGCAGGUGCCAAGGGCAGACACGGUCCUGACACACAAGCAGGCACAAGCUCAGUUUGCUGCUUUUCUGAAACAAAACAUGCUGGUGAGGAAAGCUCUUCCUCCUGGCACCUCUUCAUGUCUCUUUGUUCCGGUGCCAGAGCCCUCGGAAGGGGCUGAGAAAGAUGAUGUGCGUUUGCAGCUGAAGAGGCACCAGCCCCCCAGCCCGACCCAGUGCUCCAAAUCCUCCAAACGAGCCAAAAUCAAGGUGACCAUUGUCUCCCACGGGGAUGCUGCUGCCAUGGGCACCGGAGCUGCCCUCACCACCCAGGCAGAAAUUAUCUCUGGAAAGGCGGUGCCCGUGGCCGUAUCUGGAGUGAAGGAGCUCUCGGGGCUGCUCUCCACCCCCAAGCUGAGUUCAGCAGCAGAGGCCUCGCUAAGCCCCACUCCAGCUGGAAUUCCCAGUAGCACAGCUCCCAGUGCAUUCCAUGCCCUGCAGAGCAGGCUGGUGGCCAGCAGCACCCACGGCCUGCAGGCCCAGCCAGCCAGUGCCCUCCAAGGAGCAGCAUCUGCCAGCAGCCUGCUCCAAGGGCUGAGCUUCAGCCUGCAGGACAUCGGGACCAAGGCAUCCACCCUCCCUGCCAGCAUGGCUACUCCUGGGCCAUCUGUGCAGAGCUCAGCUGUGAAGGCUCCCACAGCCCUGCAGAGCCUCAGUGCCAUCACCACAGACACGGGCACCAUUGUCCGCACCAUCCCUGUGCCCACCUCCCUGGCCCUGGGGGCCUCAGCCAGCGGGAAGCCCACGGCCAUCCACCAGCUGCUGACCAAUGGGGGGCUGGCCAAGCUGGCCAGCAGCCUGCCAGGGCUGGCCCAGAUCUCCAACCAGGCAGCAGGCCUGAAGGCACCCACAACCAUCACUGUGACCCUGCGAGGGCAGCCCGGCCGCGUGAGCACCCUGAGCCAGGCGGCCAUGGGGACGAUCCAGCCCCAGCUGGAGGAGCAGCCCAUGCAGACACAGGGCCCUCAGGUAAUCUGGGACAUCUUUCCCCACAGAAUGUGUCCAUCGGUGCUCACCUGAGCUGUUUGACUGUCACAGUCCAAGGGCAGGUGUGGCUGUGGUGGGGAAAGUGUUCUUGGUCACAUCUCUUGGGUGUGAUGAGUUGGUGUUUGCUGAGGUGGUUGAGAAGAUUCGAGUCAUCGUUGUGUCUGUGUCAGGGUUGAUUGUGCUUGAUAUCACAGAAUCAUGGACUGGUUUGGGUUGCAAGGGACCUUAAAGCUCAUCCUGUUCCACCUUCCACUAGACCAGGUUGCUCCAAGCCCCAUCCAGCCUGGUCUUGGACACUUUCAGGGAUCCAGGGGCAGCCACAGCUUCUCUCAGAAUUCCAUCCCACCCUCUCCCCACCCUCACAGGGAAGAAUUCCUUCAGAUCCACCGUGAGCACCAGGGGAGUCACUUGUGUAGGUCUGAAACUCGUCAUCCAUGUGGGAAACAGCUUUUGUGCUUUUCAGUAAACAUCAGAGCUGCUGUGCUUCCCUUCAUGUCCUUCCCUUCAUGUUACCUUUGAGAUCCCCUAAAUACCUAGGAGAAGUGAUGGAACUUGGCACAGAUUGACUCCAGGGUGAGUAGUUCAGGAAACGGUUAAUUUUUUAUGUGGUGCCACUUGAAAGUGGAUAUUUGAUCCUGAGCUGUUCCCUACAAUGCUGAGCUUGUGUGUUCAAGGCAGGGCUUAAUUGUGUGGCUGGUGCAAGACUUGCUUCAAAAGCAAACUGAAAGCUGCCUUUUACAGGAAAUGGGGUGAGCUGUGUGUUUUUGUAACUAAUUAUAGCCCUUGACAUCAGCUCCCUGUCCCUCUGGCACAGAGGGUUACGUAAUCCAGGGCUUCCUGGAACAGAUUGGAUUUACAAAAGGCUUUGGGGGAUAAUGCUGAGGGCUUAAACUCUUGUGUUUUCAGCAGUAGCCAGAGCUGUUGUUGGUUGUUCCCUCUGAAAUUCCAGCUGGGCCUUUGCAGGAAGCUGGAAGCCCGAACUUGGAUUUAAACUGGGCUUGGAUUUUAACUGUGUCUGGAGCAUCUGAGCUGCACUUUGAGGGAGUAACUUUCCUUCCCCCUGGGCAUCACACAGGACAUGGGAGAUUCAGGAAUCUCCUGGGGAGUUUGGUGCAAAUGCUUCCUGUGAGAGCAGAAACAAGAGUGUAUUUGUGGCUUUACACUGAAAAUACAAGUUAAAACUUCAGCUUCUCUUUUCACAGCUGCUCUGUGGGGCUUUGAGGGUUAGGUGGGUUUCCCCUGGCAGUGUGGUGACAUCCUGGGAGCAGCUUCAGGAACUGAGGUGAUGCUGGAUCACGCUUCUGUUUCCUGCCAAGGUUUAUGUAGCAAACUCUGGAGCUGCAAAUCUGGGCUGAGUUUUGGGGUCUACUGCAGAGGGCAUGAGGAUAGAUGAUUUCAGCUCUUGUAAGCAGGUAGCAAUAUCUUUCUUAUCUUCAAGUUCUCACCCUUUCACCUCCCAGGGGGGGGAAUAUUAAUUACAGCUAAGGAAGGACCACUGAAUUCCUGUACAAGGCAGGAAAAUCCAGGUGUGACCCGUCUGGGCAUCAGGUGAUGCUCAGACUUGAGCAUUGGAUCAGAGGAAUCCAUCCAAAAAGGUGGAUAUCUGCUGGAAAAGCCACUUUCGAGUGAAUUAUGUCAGCACAGUGCUGGGAGGGCUCCCAGGAGAGCACAAACUGCACAGGUCAGGCAUGUGAAAUGGACCCAGAGGUGCAUGAAGAAUCCCUCAGGUGAUGGAAUCCCAGAUAUUGGGAGCUCUCCAUCUUGGGAUACAAAACCCAGCUCCCCUUUUGUCCCAGUACUGGACUUCUGGUGGCCCAUGGUCCUGUGGGACCAGCUGGUUCUUGUCAGUUUAUCUUCUACAAGCAAGAGGGAAGAGCUGCUGAUGUGUAGGAUGGUAUGGCUGUUCCAGUUUGUACUGGUGUCACUGGUGUCAUUGUUGGGUCUCUACCAAAUGGGAAUCAUUCUUGAGCUUCUGGCUGUUGCUUUGCUACAGGAAAAUCCAGAGCUUGGUGAUGUCCCUGACAGAGAUGGAGAGAUGGUCAGAGCCAUCAUAUUCCACUCUGGAAAAGGCAAUGAUCCUUGGGGGAUAUGAGCAGGGAGGUUUCCUUGGGAAAUCUAAAUGGUCUGGGAGUGGAGCUGUGCCAGUUUUCACUGUUUGGUUUCCCUGCCUGGGUUGUGCCAGCACUGGGGUUUGUUUUGGGGUCUCACUCCGGAGAGUGGACCAGGCCACGUCCUUCUGUUCAGUCGGGAAGAGCUGCAGGGUGCAGCACUGGGAUAAUCCCAGUGCUUUCCGUGUCUCCAUGCUGGGCUUGGCUCUGCUGCACCUCAAGCCCUUGAUUUGUGCUUCACAUGAAGCAACAUUUGCUUCAUGGCCAAGAUGCUUUUGUGGGGCACAAUUCCCAUCAGCUCCCAGGGUGAGCACCAUGUCCCCCCACUGCUGAUCUUCUCCCCUUCUCCACAGUGACCUCCGCCAACCCCAUGGAGACCCUCUACAUCAUGUCAGCUGCCAGGCUCUCGGCUCUCACCAAGCCUGAGAUUAGUGAGGCUCUUGCCGUGCCCGUCACA